GCCAGCAGCAGGGAAGUGCCCCGCGUUGGUGGGAGAGGCGCCGCGGAACUUGUGGAGCGGGGCUGCCCUCACACCCGGGGUGCUGGAGCGGGCACCGUGCCUGCACAACUCACGCCACGAGUGCGGAGCAGGCACGCUCCCUACACAGCACACCCGCUCACUGAGGGGUGCAGCCCUCACGCACGCCCCGCGAGUGCGGAGCAGGCAUCGCACCUGCACAACACACACACACUCACUGGGGAGUGCUGCAGACACAACACACACGCUUGCUGAGGCGUGCAGAAUAGACACUGGACCUGCACAACACACGGCGUGAGGUGUGCGGAGCAAGCAUUGUGCACACGCUCACACACACACGCAGAGCGAGCGGGCAGAAAAAGGCAUUGGAGCCUCGCCACGCACACGCGACUCGUGAGAGAUGAGCAGGGAUUUUACCUAAGAUACCCAACGAGAUGAUCCACUCUGACCCCCAAAUCUUUCUAAGAGUCACUGCUUUCCAGGAGAGACUCCGCUACCCUGUUAUGCAACACAGAUCUUUGAAGCUACCUUUAUGUAGAUGAAACUUUCAGAAGCAGCACUCCAUUUUGGAACACUUUUUUUCAGAGCAUAUGGGAUUUUCCAAGGCACCUUCCGUCUGGACUACAUAUAUUGCUUACUCCUAAAUACAGCAGAGGACAAUGAGGCUUUUUUAUUUUUUGUAUAUUUUCACACCAUAUAGUGAAGUUGCUUCCAUUUCAUUUUGUUCAAUGGGAAAAACUUGAGCAAGACCUGUUGUUGCUUUUUAUUUUACUAGAUUUACCUUAAUGAGCCAAAUACCUUUUGAAACACUCCCACAAUACAUUUAUUUUUUUCAUUUUUGACUGAGCUGGUAUAUUAAUUUUAGUCUACUUCAGCUGUUUGGUUUUAACCUGGCUUUUCAAAUGACAAAAUAUCUACUAAUGUAAGGAAUUAAAUUAUUUUAGGUUUUCAGAAAAUAAGUUAUAUGCAUCAGACAUUUUUUAUGGCUAUACCUGGCUCAUUAAUAUAGCAGUUUAAAGGUAUUAAUAUGAGGCAUUGCAUUAAUUGUUGCAUACAGUUAUUAUCAAAUGACUUGCACAAACAGUGUCUCAGAUGCCGGGGGCCUAAUCAUAAUAAUCAAAAGUGUUCUGUACGCAAACAAGAAAAUAAAAUUCCUUUGUGUGUGGAUAAGCAGAUGAACUUACUUGCUGUUUUGGAAGUAAGGACUGAUCAUAAUGAAAGUUGGAAUGGAUUUUUUUGCUUGAGGAAAGGGAAGCUAUGCAGCUUGAUUUUUGGGUUGAUAAUAAUGACUUUAGUCAUGGCAUCAUACAUACUGACUGGAGCCAGACAUGGCCUACUGUUGAUACCGUUGCCAUUCCAUUAUGGAGAUUUUACUAGCAAUCCAAACUUAAUGGACAAUGAAAGCCUUAGUGAUAUGAAACACCAUUACCAGCCUUCUGAAAUUAAUAUUUCAUAUGUAAAGGAUUAUCCAAGCAUGAAAUUAAUUAUUGAUGCUAUUACUUCAAAGAUUGAGUUUAUAACCAGAAAAAGUCCAGUUUUAGAAGACCUGAAGAAACAAGAGCUGCAUAUGUUUUCAGUAAUCCCUAACAAAUUCCUACCAAAUAGCAAGAAUCCUUGUUGGUAUGAAGAAUAUCGAGGAAAUACUACUACGGAUCCUUAUACAACAAAUUCUUAUGCACUGUAUUCAAAACGUUUUCGGACUAUAUUUGAUUACCUCAGGAAGGUAUUUUGGAACCACUUGUAUCAUUAUCAGGACAAGCAUUAUCGGCUACGCUGUCUUCCUCAUUUCUACAUAAUAGGUCAGCCAAAAUGUGGAACAACUGAUCUUUAUGACAGACUCAGGUUACAUCCUGAUGUUAGAUUCUCAGCAAUUAAAGAACCACACUGGUGGACAAGAAAGCGAUUUGGAAUAAUUCGUCUGAGGGAUGGAUUUCAUGAUCGCUAUCCAGUGGAAGAUUACCUUGAUCUGUUUGACUUGGCUGCACAUCAGAUUCAGGGAGUGUUACAGAAUGAUGUAACAAAAGGGCACAACAAGCUGAACCACAUCAUCAUCGGUACUGCAAAUACUGCUUAUGAAAAUGUCAAUGGAGAGGCCAGUGCAUCUACAAUGUGGGAUAACAAUGCCUGGGUUUUCUUUUAUGACAACAGUACUGAUGGAGAACCUCCAUUUUUAAUCCAGGAUUUCAUCCAUGCUUUUCAACCCCAUGCCAAACUCAUCAUCAUGUUGAGAGAUCCUGUUGAAAGAUUGUACUCAGAUUAUCUAUACUUUGCAAGUGUGAAUAAAUCUGCAGAAGACUUUCAUGAAAAAGUGGCAGAAUCCCUGCAGCUGUUUGAAAAUUGCAUGUUGGAUUACUCACUGAGAGCCUGUGUCUACAACAACACCCUUAACAAUGCCAUGCCUGUAAGGCUACAGGUUGGCCUUUAUGUUGUGUAUCUCUUGGACUGGCUGACUGUUUUUGACAAAGAUCAAAUACUAGUUCUCCGUUUAGAGGAUCAUGCCUCCAAUGUUAAAUACACCAUGCACAUGGUGUUCCAGUUUCUGGAUUUAGGGCCUAUAAGUGAGAAACAAGAAGCUCUAAUUACAAAGAGUCCUGCAUCAAACACUAGACGGCCUGAGGACCGAAAUCUGGGACCCAUGUUACCAACAACAAAGGCGAUCCUAAGAGACUUCUAUAGGCCUUUUAAUACAAAACUGGCACAAGUUCUUUUUGAUGAUGCAUUUUUAUGGAAAAAGACAUAAUAUGUAAAUUCACUUACACAAAUACAGUUCUUUAAGGAGUUUUUAUUUUUUAAAGUCUAUUUUUGUGUGCACAUAUUUACAUUUUAUCCAUUCCAAGAAAAAGCAGAUCUAAUGAGAUGAGAGUUCUCUUUCUUUAGUGUACAAUAUUUCACGGAAGCUAAAUCACAUUUUCCUUGUGAGUCUGUAAAACAUUAUGCUUAUCCAUUUCUUUCCCCCCAGCAACAGAGUAGUGUGGAAAUAAAAUUGGAAUCAAGGAGUUAUUUUACACCAUCUGGCUGUGGUUUCGAAGUUUAAUCUUCUCUAAAACAGUAUAAUACAUAAUUAGCAUUGAUCUCUUAAAACUUCACUUAUGUCAUCACUUUCAAGGUAUGUUCUUCCCUCGCUCUUUCCAAAGAAAUCAAAUAUAUCCAUUAGCCACGAAAACAUUUACUUGAAUUGAAUACAAAAUUCUGUUUUAAUACUGCAGUGCAUCAACACAUAGCUUGGAAUCUGUUCACCCAGAUUAAAACUAUUGCUUUACAUUAAUUAAUUAAUUUGAUAUAUAAAAGCAUAACCAAGUGACUAUACAGUGUCUGACUGCAAUUAGGUAAAUUCCCAAACCUAAUUAAUUCUUCUAGUAUUUUACAGUUUGCAGUAAGAGAAGAAUUGUAUAUUCAGUGCAAGAAUGAGUAACUGGAAAAUAUAAACUUAAAGAAAAAGCUAUACGUAGAGUAUAUAUAGAGUAACAUAUUUACAAGUUUCCAUUUGAUUUUUUUAAACUGUUAUUUAUUUAAAAUCAGAUAUGUAAAAUUCAUUCACAUACAUAUUUUCUCAAGAAACCAAUAAUGGGUCUGAUAAUUAACUCCAUUGAUGUCAGUGGAAGUCUUAUUUCAGUGGGAUUUAGAUCAGGCCCUACAUGCAUUACUAUGUAAUAUUCCAUUAUAAAGACACAUGUUGAAUUUAUGAAACUAUUUAAAAACCUAAUCAUUAAAUGUAUAUACUGGUACCAUACAGUAUCAUGCAUUGCAGUAUAAUGCUUUUCAUUCUUGUAGGAUAGAUGCAGAUAAACUGAUUGAAGUUUCACACAUUCCUUGUUUCCCUGCUGAGGCCAUUUGUAUGCAUCUAGUCCAAAGCAAGUUCAGCUGUGCAAUAUUUCAUGCUUUUUAUUUAAAAUACGGCAAACUACAUUCACCUUUCAGUUAUACUCACAUAGCCUCAGUGAAGGAAGAAUUUGGCCCAGCAUAUUCUAACUGUAAAGCUGAUUUUUAAAUAAUCACAGUGGAUGAUAGUCAAAAUCACUUCUUUUAGUAUAGUUCCUUCUCAAGGGCUAGGAUGAUGUCUUCACUGAAGUGCAUCCAAACUGGAUCAACUAAAGCUGAUGCACCAAAGUCCAAAGAACCGGUUCUAACCAGUAUAUUGUGCCCUUAUUUUUUAAUACUGUCAUUCUGAUCUUGUGCCUGUGUCCAUAGUAGAGCUGGCUGAAUAAUAAUAACAAAAAACCAGAUGUGUAAAUAUAUUAGCAAAUAAUUGUACUGACUUCACUGCAUUGCUGUUUGUGGGGUCAUAUUAUUUAUUAUGUACCAAUCCUCCUUUGUUCACAAAACCUGAACAUUUCACCAAUGAUUCUUCAUGUGAAAAUUCAUGCCAGAAGUUCAUCACUGCGUAGUCACUAUUGGCAAAUCUCCUGUUUAAAAAGAUUCAUUCAUCGAAUAAUUAGGGAACAGAAACAAUACCAUGAGAUGCAGGUGACCCAUUCUCAUACCACAAAUGUUAAUAGUUUACAGAGGCAAAUUAGGAGAGCUAGUAUGUUCUAUUGUACUGACUUCUGGUGGUGAAAGAGACAAGUUUUCAAGUCUACACAGACCUCUUGUUUAGGUCAGGAAAAAAUAGGUUAUAAACAUAUAUUCAAAAUUGUUUAUGAGAACUAUUCAGUGAAUAUUUAUGAAUAUUUGACAUAUUUGCUGAAAUAAUGUAUGAACAGACAUAGGUCUAAAUAGGUCUAUUUUCAACAACUAUUAUUUUACAUUGAACAAUGUUGUCAGUCCUAUUGUAUAUCAGAGUCAGUAAUCUGUUGUCAGAAAGGCAGAUGAAAACUACAAAAAGCAUUUUUCUUGGAGAGUUCAUGGUACCAAAUUAGAUUUUUCACUAGUUUUCAUUCAUUUGUCAAUAGCACAGAUCUUGCACUGGUGGUACAAAAUUUACCAGUGCAAAGAUAUUGUUUUUAGCACUUUGUAUCAGGAAUGACUACAUGACCAAACUGUAUUGAACUGGACUGUACAACAUUCAUCUAUGCUGAGCAGUGCUAGCUCACAUGAUUAGUUCCUUUGAAUUCAGUGGUUGUAAAAGGGAUUUUGGGCAAGAGGCAAUGACUUCCACUAGUGGUUAGGGCUCCUGGUGGCUGUUAUACCCAAUGGUUCAUCUCUGGUGACAACCUCAUCUAGUGGGUGCAGGUCACAAGCAGCAGCUUUACCUAAUGGAUACAGUUGGUGGGAACUCAACUUCGUGGGUCCAGUCCACAAACAGCAGCUCUUCCUCGUGGGUUCAGAUUCCAGGCAGCAGCUCUACAGACAGAAUGGAUACAGUUCCUGGCUGGGGAAAAACAAACCGAACACUACUGCUCUCCCUGGCAGGCUGGUUCAGCUCCGCUCACCCUCUGGUAUCUUGUGUCAGCCUCAACUAAGCUUCUCUGGGUCACUCCCUUCUGUAUCCCAACUGACUGCCAUCUGUCUCUGGGUAUUGCUGCCUUCUGGACUUCCUGCCCUAGUCCCAGCUGUGGGCCAUAGUCCAAAUCACAGCCUAACCUUUAGUGAUCACAACCUUUGUAGUAAGUCUUAUUUGCCCCCAGCACCAUGUUGAGGCAUUGUUCAGUUGUAACCCAUUGAUCAGAAGAACCGACGCUACUUGUUCACCAACAUUAUUUCCCACAGCACCCUGACUUUGUGUGGAUAUUGCCUACUCUCGUGUGGACAAUAAUGGGACUACAGCCAGAGACCUCUUGGGUCGCAGCCAGAUCAUGUACAGCAGCGUAUGGGAAAGAUACCAGCUGGUAAUUGGUACAAAGAUUAUUGAUUCAAAAAUGGGAAAAGGAAAAACUAGCAUACUCUGAAAAUAGAUGAAGAUUUGAAAAGAUCAGAUUUCAUUUGUGCUCAAAAGAAGGACUGCUAAAUGUACACAGACUGGGUCUCUGUUGAAGUGUGCCUUUUUUAAAUGUAAAAAUGAAAAAUGUCCCAGUAGGAAUCUGAGAAAAGCUAGGAUGUUUUAAGGUUAUCAUCAUGCAUUUGUUCAUGAUUUUAUGUCCUAAAGCAACACUGAAGAUGUACUGCUGUACUCCAGCAAACUGUGUACUUUAUCAAAUGCUAAUAAUGGUCAUUUAUGAUUUCUCAGGUUACUGUAGUAACUAGGAAAAUGGAAGCUAGGCUGAUUUUAUUGCCCCAUCUCUUCAGGUACCGCCUAAAAGUUACAUCACAAAUUAGAACAGCAUCACAUAAGAUUGUGAUAUCACAUGGUAAAACAGUAGGAGCAGGUCGAUGAAGUGGGACUUUUCCAUUUAUGUGCUGAAUUCACUGUUUGUUCCCAGGACUGAAAAAGAAAAUAUGAGACUAGUGUCUCUCCCCAUAGAAUAGCAUUUGGUAAAUUAGUGUUCUUCAAAGAUGCCAGACUGACGGUUCUCGAGAUCCAAACCCUGUCUUUUUCACCAGAGAACAAGUAAACUAUGGGUGGAAUCAUACCAGCUUCCUGGCGUUGCCUAUCCAGGGACUUGAAGCCUGACUUGGCAAGAAGCCGCUAUGGGUCAGAAGAUGAAUAGUUCAGUUCCCGAGAUAAUUCACUCUUUGUUCCUCUGCUGGACACUAAUUCAAGGAUGGUAACUUUCUGACACUGUGGAUGGGGGGUUGGAUUCUAAGAGGUAAACCAGAUGAGGAAAGCAUAAGUGAUAGUGCUAUUUGCUCUAGCACAGAACCAUCCAGCAACUCCAUACAAUUUAAAAUUUGUAUGUAUUUUCAGUAUACUGUGUUUUAAGGCUUGCCAAAGUGUCAGUGGCUUUUUGCAACUUGAAGAAAAUGGAAUAUGUAUAUCUCACCUACUGUUUUCACUUACUCCCCUGAAAUAAUAGUAAUCAGGAAAGCCAUAACUAUCAGGAAAGCCUGGUUCCUGAGUCACUAAUGAAAGGGACACUUCCAAAUGUUUUUAUUAUGGUGCAGCCAAACUGCAGGAGAAUGCAAAAUAUGUUUUCUGUAAGAUCCUCGACAUUAAAUCUAAGAAUUUUUGAUCAGUUGGAAAAAUGAAGUAAACACACAACAAAAAAGCCUUGUUCUGAGAUAAACAAACUUUCUUAUUUACAUUAAAAAUGAUACAUUGCUGUCUAUUGAUUCCAGUGUUGAGACUUGUAUGUUUCAGCUUAAUAAACAAUUAAGUUGUUACAGCUUUGAAAAUGUCUUCCUGUCGAGAAUUAAUGCCAUUCCCAACAAAGGCAAAGCUCCAGACAAGACAAAACUGUGUGUCAGAAUGUGAUUUACAUAGAUGGAACAUGUAAAUCGAAUACAGGCAUAUUUAAUAUUAACGCUGUACCAUGUGACUCUCUCUUGUAAGAUGUUUGAAAUAUGGAUCACAGUUAAGAGAAAAUACUUAUGUUGCAGUGCCACCUUAUGGUCAACAAGGGGGAAAUACUGUCCAAUGAACCCACUUCAAUUUUCUCUAAGGAUCAGUAUUUCUCUUUACACAAAUGUGUGCAAAACAGGAAUUUAUUUCUCAACUCUGUGUUUGCAGGAGCUGGAAAAGGCACAGAACAUGUUUAAUUACUGUAAAUUAGUGAAUAUAACAUGCAUCCAAGUAUAACAUGCACUCAUGUAUUACCCACAGUUUUUCUAUCAUGUGUAAAAAAUAUAUUAGAAUGCCCAUGGACGGACGUAACCUGCAGAGACUUCUGCUGCCUUCAUAAAAGAAUCUGGUGAUGCUGAUUUUAUUAUGUUGAUCUUGUCUUCUUGUAAUAUGAGUAAAAAUCAAAUUGCAUAAGACGCGGACAUAUAUACCCCGCGGGGAGUGGGGGGGAAGCAUGGUAGGUAAAAACAUGGACAACCCACGGGCUAUAUUUGCUAAUUCACAGUACUCUCAUGAGGUCUCUGAUACAAUAAUGUUUAACAUUUAAGAGAUUUAAUUCAGCCUUACUAGUGCAGAAAGAUUUAGAUUGCACAUCCUUCCAAUGAUGGAGACCCAUGCACUGGUGAAUGACAUGCAGUGUUUGCACAGUGGCUCUUCACUGGGGUGGGAGGGGAAAGCUAACUUUACAAUUUAGUUCAGGCUCCUUUGGAACUCUGCCAGGAGAUAAUGUCUGGGAGACGAGCGAAGUCCAUUUUUAUCCAUGGGUGGUUCCCUUUCAAGGAGGUCACAGCAAGGCACAGCACGCUGCAACAAAAUUCUUUCCAGUGG